CGCGCCGCUCUCUGCCGCGCUGUGCGUUCCGUGAGACGGUCUGUGUUCCGUUAGCGCAGCGAGGAGAAGAGAAAAAGGGCUUUUUUUCCCGUUCCUGGGCUCCACAGUUGCCAUGCCGUCCGAUUUAGCAAAGAAGAAAGCGGCGAAGAAGAAAGAAGCAGCCAAGGCCCGUCAACGGCCCAAGAAGGCUGAAGAAGUUAAUGGCGAGGCAGAGAAACCCGAGAGCCAGGAGAAUGGUGCGGCUGAGGUCAACGGAGUUGCCAGUUUGACUAAGGAGCUGGAUGAGUUUGAGUUGAAGAAAACAGAGGCACGUGCUGUGACAGGGGUGCUCGCCUCUCACCCCAACAGCACAGAUGUGCACAUCAGCAGUUUAUCACUGACCUUCCAUGGGCAGGAGCUGCUCAGUGAUACCUGUCUGGAACUCAACUCAGGCCGCCGUUAUGGCCUUAUUGGACUCAAUGGAACAGGUAAAUCCAUGUUGCUGUCAGCCAUUGGUCAUAGGGAGGUGCCCAUUCCAGAACACAUUGACAUUUACCACCUGACGCGUGAGAUGCCCCCCAGUGAGAAGACAGCACUGCAGUGUGUCAUGGAGGUUGAUGAGGAGAGAAUCCAGCUAGAGAGAGAGGCUGAGAGGCUCGCCCAUGAAGACUCUGAAUGUGAGAAGCUAAUGGAGCUGUAUGAACGGUUAGAGGAACUGGAUGCAGACAAAGCAGAGAUGCGUGCAUCCCGUAUCCUCCAUGGUCUGGGCUUUUCCACCACCAUGCAGCAGAAGAAGCUUAAAGACUUCAGCGGAGGCUGGAGGAUGCGUGUUGCUCUUGCCAGAGCCCUGUUCCUCAAACCCUUCAUGCUCCUCCUUGAUGAGCCCACAAACCACCUGGACCUUGAUGCCUGUGUGUGGCUGGAGGAAGAGCUGAAAGAGUUCAAACGAAUUCUGGUCUUGAUAUCUCAUUCUCAAGAUUUCCUCAAUGGUGUUUGUACUAACAUCAUCCAUCUGCACCAGCGCAAGCUGAAAUACUACACAGGUAACUAUGACCAGUAUGUGAAAACUAGAGAAGAACUGGAAGAAAACCAGAUGAAACGCUUUAACUGGGAGCAGGACCAGAUCGCUCAUAUGAAGAACUACAUAGCACGGUUUGGGCACGGCUCAGCCAAACUGGCCCGUCAAGCACAGAGCAAAGAGAAAACGCUGCAGAAGAUGGUUGCAUCAGGCCUGACUGAACGUGUAGUGAAUGACAAGACACUGUCAUUUUAUUUUCCUCCCUGUGGGAAGAUCCCCCCUCCUGUCAUCAUGGUUCAAAAUGUCAGCUUCAGAUAUUCAGAUGAAACGCCAGUAAUUUAUAAAAACCUGGAGUUUGGAAUUGACUUGGAUACCAGGGUGGCCCUUGUGGGGCCCAAUGGAGCUGGCAAAUCAACACUACUGAAGCUGCUUACUGGGGAGCUCCUCCCCACUGACGGUAUGAUUAGGAAGCACUCCCAUGUCAAGAUUGGCAGAUAUCAUCAGCAUCUGACAGAGCAGCUGGAGUUGGAUCUGUCUCCUUUGGAGUACAUGAUGAAGUGCUACCCAGAGAUAAAAGAAAAAGAGGAGAUGAGAAAGAUCAUUGGACGCUAUGGGCUCACUGGCAAACAGCAGGUGAGUCCCAUCAGGAACCUCUCAGAUGGUCAGAAGUGCCGUGUUUGCUUUGCCUGGCUGGCCUGGCAGAACCCUCACAUGCUCUUCCUGGACGAGCCCACCAAUCACUUGGAUAUUGAAACGAUUGAUGCCCUUGCUGAGGCCAUCAACGACUUUGAGGGCGGGAUGAUGCUGGUUAGCCACGACUUCAGGCUCAUUCAGCAGGUAGCUCAGGAGAUCUGGGUUUGUGAAAAGCAAACCAUCACCAAGUGGAAAAAGGACAUCUUGGCUUACAAAGAACAUCUGAAAUCAAAAAUUGACAAAAAUGCAUGAAGCACAGGCACUGCAUUAUCCAUCCAAGGCAAUUUCCAACAAUCUGCAUCUCUACAGUCAACCCCCCUUUUUGACAUGUCAAGGCAUGCAUGCUGAUGAUGCUGCAGUUGAAGCACAGUCUACCCACAAGUCAUAUACUGUUUUGUUUUGGAUUUUCUGUUCUUGUCUGAAUAAAAUAAAAUCAAAGCAGUUGUGCUCUUAAGCAUUUUAACAUUAAUCUUAAGGCAGUUCAACAGGCCAGAGACGGAAAUGUUACAGAUGAAGUCACUUACAUGGGCUCUUGAAGAGUUU